AUGGACCCUAGUAAGGGACGUGGUCGAGGCUUGGCCUUGCUUCAAGCAUUAAAAAAAUCUCAGAUGAUGGAUUCACCUCAACAGCCUGAAGAAGUAUCACCUGAGGUGACUCCAGGACCUAGUGUUGCACCAAGUGAUGUAAGGAAUAAUAAUAAUAAUAGUAAACUACGAAGACGUUUGCCACACCAACAGAUUUAUAAUGUUGAUAUCGGUAUACAUAGAAGUAUUAUAUUUUUAAAGGUGGGGGGUUCAAGCUCCGUUACUAUAGGAGGGCGCGGUAGAGUGGCAGCUAUGAUGUUGUCAAAGAUGCAGAACAAAGUGGGAGGUGUGUCAUUCAGUCCAGCUUCAGAUGUCAGUCCUAGUCCAUCAGUAGUGUCGAAAGGCGCAGGCAGAGGCUUAAAGUUAUUGCAAAAUUUACAAGCAACAAAAUCUUCGGACUCAGGUGGGCAAGGUGAUAUAAAACAAGUCACACAGAAGAUGGCAGAGACCACUAUAUCUACAACAACUGCCCAAACCUCAACAAUAGCUAAAAAUAAAUUUUAUAAAGAAGUCAAAGAUACACCACCUGUGGUGAUGAAAGGCGAAACAGGUACUCCAGUAGAAGUAACCGCCAAUUUCAUAUACCUCAACUUUGAAGAGAAUAAUGUAUUUGAGUAUGAGGUCAAGUACGAGCCAGAUCAAGACUAUCGUCAUCUUAGAUUCAAACUCCUCAAUGAACACAAUCAUUACUUCAAAGAAAAGACAUUUGACGGUACAACAUUGUAUGUGCCUCAUCGACUGCCAGAUGAAGCUGCAAAUUUAGUAUCGACAAAUCCAUUUGAUAACAGCAAAGUGAAUAUAUCUAUAAUAUUUCGUCGCACGCGUCGACUCAGCGAGAUGAUUCACAUCUAUAAUGUACUGUUCAAACACAUCAUGAAGGAUCUACAGCUCGUCAGAUUUGGUCGUCAGCACUUUAACGAACACGCCGCAAUACAGAUUCCUCAACACAAGUUGGAAGUCUGGCCCGGAUACGUAACUGCCGUUGACGAGUAUGAGGGUGGUUUGAUGUUGACUUUGGACUCUACCCAUCGCGUGCUACGGACACAGUCGGUGCUAUCCUUCAUAAAAGAGUCGAUACAGACUGAAGGUGCUAACUGGAAAAGGGCUAUGGCAGAAAGACUGGUUGGAUCUUCAGUGAUGACCACCUACAACAAGAAAUUGUUUCGUGUUGACAGUAUUGAUGAUACAAUGACCCCAAGGUCAACAUUUGAGAAGAAUGAUAAAGGUCAAAUAAUAAAGAUCAGCUAUAUAGAUUACUACAAGAAAAAUUAUGGUAUUGAUAUCAUGGAUUGGGAUCAGCCCAUGCUCAUAUCGAGGGAAACAAAGAAAAUGUCAGGUUCUGAAGCACCUACCGACUUCAUGAUAUGCCUUGUUCCGGAGCUGUGCCAAUUAACUGGUCUAACAGAUGAUCAGCGUUCCAACUUCAAACUGAUGAAGGAUGUCGCUACAUACACCAGAAUAACGCCUAACCAGAGACAUGCUGCAUUUAAAAAGUACAUUCAAAACGUUAUGGAAAAUGAAACAGCCAAGAAUCGGUUGAAAGGAUGGGGUCUUAGCAUUGCUCCUGAAACUAUAAAUAUAACUGCUCGUACAUUACCUCCGGAGACUUUGUUCUUUGGAAACAACGUGAAAGUGCCUGGUAAACCUACUGCGGAAUGGAACGGUGACGUCACCAAGAAUCCAGUCAUGCAGGCUGUUGAUAUACUGAGGUGGUCCAUAUUGUACACAGACAGAGAUAAACAAGUGACAAUGGAUUUCUUGGAUACACUGAAACGCUCGUGUCGGCCUAUGGGUAUAACUGUUUCAAAUCCGGAUAUGGUACGUUUGCCUAACGAUAGGACCGAUUCUUAUGUUAUGGCAUUGAAGAAAUGCUUCUCCACGUCUCUACAAUUGAUCGUAGCUAUCUGUCCCACGGCAAGGGAUGAUCGCUACGCCGCGAUCAAGAAGAUCUGUUGCGCUGACAAUCCUGUGCCUUCUCAGGUAAUAAAUGCGCGCACAAUUAUGAACCAGCAGAAGAUACGUGCGAUCACACAAAAGAUUUUGCUGCAGAUAAACUGCAAACUCGGUGGUACAUUGUGGAAUAUCGCCAUCCCAUAUAAGACUGCUAUGAUCAUAGGCAUUGAUUCAUAUCAUGAUGCUAGCAGAAAGAAGCGAAGUGUAUGCGCAUUCGUGGCGUCAUAUAAUCAAACUAUGACGCACUGGUACUCUAAGGCGGUGUUCCAGGAGAGAGGACAGGAGAUAGUGGAUUCUCUCAAGUCCUGCCUCGUCGACUCGCUGAAGCAUUACCUGAGGACCAAUGGCAAACUGCCAGACAGGAUUAUUAUUUACAGAGAUGGCGUUGGUGAUGGUCAGUUGAAACUGGUCAAACAGUACGAGAUCCCUCAGCUGGAGGUUUGCUUCUCCCUCGUCGGUGUAACGUAUAAACCCACGUUGACAUAUGUGGUCGUGCAAAAACGUAUCAACACACGUAUCUUCAUGAAAGCGGGAAGGGGUUACGAGAACCCCCAUCCGGGCACGGUAGUUGAUCACGACAUCACGAGACGCGAUUGGUAUGACUUCCUUAUCGUCUCGCAGAAAGUCAACCAAGGUACAGUGACGCCCACACAUUACGUAGUAGUUCACGAUGACAGCGGGAUGACACCCGAUCAGUGUCAACGGCUCACUUACAAAAUGUGCCAUUUGUAUUAUAAUUGGCCUGGCACUGUAAGAGUCCCAGCACCAUGCCAGUAUGCCCAUAAAUUGGCAUACUUGGUAGGACAGAAUAUCCAUCAGCAGCCAUCGGAGUUGUUGUCCGACAAAUUAUUCUUUUUAUAAAAAGAAAAUACGUUUAUACCUUGUAGUAUUUAGAUUAGAAUAAGGCUAAGUUCAUAUGAUUGCAAACAAUUCAUGUAUACUUGUAUAUUUUAUAUGUGUACUAAAAUUUCCGAGUCUGAUUUGACAGUUAAAUUCAGUUACUUUGACUCUUAAACAGAGAUAUGAAUAAAUGCUGGUCUAUUGUGUAGAUAUUCACUAUUUACUUAAAUGUAUUAGUGGAGAGAACUGUACGUAUAGCUCGGUCACAGAACAGAGAGAAUUUUGUACAAUGACCCGGCAUUACAUAUCUCUCUCACUCGCGCGCAAACAUAUUUCUAUUGCGUUCGCACAGACGCAUGUAGACAACUUUUUCACAGUAAUGUGAACCUAAAGUGGUUACAAUAUCUAUCAGUAGGCAACUUACGAAUUUUUUUUGUCUGGCAUGCGUGUUAUUGUAUUAUGUAUUUUAAACAUUACUAAAGUACUAAACAUUAUUGUCCUCCAUGUAACCGUCUUUAUUUACUUUACGAAGUGUACUAAGAAUAGAUUGAAUAUUUUACUGUACUAGUUAUACAGUGAUAUUGAAGUCAUGUGAACUUAACCUAACGCUAUUUUUAGGAAACUGAACAAAUUUAAACAUAACGAACCUUUGGUUCUUCUAUUUUUGUACGUUCCAUUUAACAAUAGUGAUUAUUGUUUAAUUAUUUGUCGUUGUUUAGUUGUAAGAUGUUCUUAUAUUUAAGAUUGUUUGCAUCAUGCGUGGAAUGAGAAUAGUUGAUUAGAAUGAAACUGUAAAUAGAUAAGUCGAUAGUUGUAUAUUGACAUAUCCGAUUCUUAAGCGCACGGUGAAAACGUAUAUAACGUGUUUAGAAUACUAAUUACGUUUUGUAAGAAAAUUUUAUUAUAGUCAGCUCGGCACGGUGAAUGAACAUAAAUAGGGACGUAUUCAUGCUCAUUUACCCUAAGUUUGCAAUUUUAUUUUAGCUGUGCGAUAUUAUUCUUGUAAGGUCACUCACUUCCAAUUUAUUUUAUAAUAAUAAUAGCAUUAUUGAGUGCUAGUCAUGUGGAAGCUAAUCUGAAUAGCUAGUCGUAGAAGACUUUUUGUUAGUUUGAGGGUUAUGACAGUUGUCACUUGGUAAUGACUAAAGCAUGAUUGUUAAUCAAUUAAAACUUAAAUAUCAGUGGUGUUAUCUUUCGGUCACUUACUUUAACACAAUAAGUUAAUUUAAUAAUGGUCUGUGGUUAGACUCAAAAUGAUUAUGAUUAACUGAUUGUUUAUAUAAAAUUAUUCAUUAAAUAACAUAUUAAAAUCGUUUAACGUGUUGUUUUUGGUAAAUCCAUGUAGAAAGAUAGAAUUGGUAAUUCAAAAUUGUUUGGUUGAAUGAAUGUAUUUAAAUCGUGUAAUGGUCUCCUCCGUCAAGUGUGCAGUGUGGUGACGCAAAGUGCCAUUAUAGUUAAGAAGAAGACUAAUUUUUUAAUUUACGUUUGACUAAUUUUCUAUUAUCGACUAAAAAAUAUAUAAAAAAAAUAACUGGUUGACUAUUCUUCUUCUUUUUUUAUUAAUGGCUUAUCUGCGUGUUUCGCACAAUUCUGCCAAUGUCAAGUGAUCAAAUUAGUUAAAUUAAAAUAUGUUAAUUUAAUUUUACAUUAUAUGUAAAAUGAAAAUAAACGAAUGAAAGAUGGCGAUGAAUCUCCGCAUGCUCUAGUCAUUACCAAGUAGACAGCUGUCAUAAUCCUUGACUUAAUUAGCGUAGAUUUUCCGAUUAGCUCCCGUUCAUAUCGAGCACAUUUUUUUUUGUAUUGUCGAUAUAUUUGCACAUUUGUGUUCGAUACUAAUACGAUUCGCAUUCUGUGAUUUAUCCUGGUAAGGUUUCUGUGUGCAUUAUUACUUCAAUACAUAGUUAUCGUAAUACGUACUACUAUAUUGCUUCACAGUGUCGUUAGUGAGCUAAUAAAAUUUGUAUGGUUACGUUGUUUUGAAAAACUAUUUCAUUUAAUUCUUGCUCAAAUGUUAUUUUGAAACGGGAUUAGAUCAAUUAUAUAUUAAUACAAUAAAUUGUCACUUUAUAGUGGACAUGGAGAAUU